CUGCUUCUACCCCGGUCCCUAAACACUCUUCUGAAAGUUCAGGGCUUUGGAGCAGGCGUGUGAAAGGGAAACAAUCUUUAAUGCGGUAAUAAACCAUUUUAAAAGGUUAAUGGCCAAUGAUGGAUUAAGAUCCUUUUUAUCCGCACAAUAGUGUUAGAAACAUUUCACGACUAAUACACUAACGAAACUUCUGGUUUUACAAUCGGCGCGAGUAAUUUCUUUCUCGACGCCACAGGAACGCUCUGGAAAGACAUUUUUGUGUCACCAGACGAAAGCAACGCAGCUAUUGGUCAGUGUUAUUAGAUAGUUCGAGAAAUGCGGAGAAUGAAUAAAGGAAUGGUAUAAAAUCACGGUUUUCGCACAGUUUUUAAAACACAAAUAGGAAAGCAAGAGAAGAGCGACAUUAUAAGCUACUGACCUACUUCUUUCAACGAGGCGUGGACGUUCACAAACGACAAUUAUCUCCAAAACGAGAAGAUGUCAGCUACAGGCCUGUCUAUUGGCAUUGAUCUAGGCACCACCUACUCCUGUGUGGGGGUGUUCCAGCAUGGCAAAGUGGAGAUUAUCGCCAACGACCAGGGCAACCGGACCACGCCCAGCUAUGUGGCCUUUACAGACACAGAGAGACUCAUCGGAGAUGCAGCAAAGAACCAGGUAGCGAUGAAUCCAAAUAACACCGUUUUUGAUGCUAAGCGUCUGAUUGGCCGGAAGUUUGAUGAUUCGGUCGUCCAAUCAGAUAUGAAGCAUUGGCCCUUCAAGGUUAUCAGUGACGGAGGAAAACCUAAAGUUCAAGUAGAAUACAAAGGUGAAACCAAAUCCUUCAACCCAGAGGAGAUAUCUUCCAUGGUCCUGGUAAAGAUGAAGGAGAUUGCUGAAGCCUACCUGGGCCAUAAGGUGUCCAACGCAGUCAUCACUGUCCCCGCCUACUUUAACGACUCCCAGAGACAGGCCACUAAAGACGCUGGAGUCAUAGCAGGAUUGAACGUGCUGAGGAUCAUUAAUGAGCCCACGGCAGCAGCCAUUGCCUACGGCAUGGACAAAGGCAAGUCCAAGGAACGCAAUGUCCUGAUCUUUGACCUGGGCGGGGGCACCUUUGAUGUGUCCAUCCUGACCAUCGAAGAUGGGAUCUUUGAGGUGAAGGCCACGGCUGGGGACACACAUCUGGGUGGGGAAGAUUUUGACAACCGCCUGGUCAGCCACUUCGUGGAGGAGUUCAAGAGGAAGCAUAAGAAAGACAUCAGCCAGAACAAGCGGGCCCUGAGGAGGCUAAGGACGGCCUGCGAGAGGGCCAAGAGGACCCUGUCUUCCAGCUCCCAGGCCAACGUUGAGAUCGACUCUUUGUUCGAGGGCAUUGACUUCUACACCUCAGUCACCAGGGCCCGUUUUGAGGAGAUGUGUUCAGAUCUCUUUAGGGGAACCCUGGAGCCUGUGGAGAAAGCCCUAAGGGAUGCCAAGAUGGACAAGUCCCACAUCAAUGAUAUUGUCCUGGUUGGAGGCUCCACCCGGAUCCCCAAAGUCCAGAAGCUCCUGCAGGACUUUUUCAACGGCAGAGAACUAAACAAGAGCAUCAACCCAGAUGAGGCAGUUGCCUACGGUGCUGCUGUACAGGCGGCCAUUUUGUCUGGUGACAAGUCUGAGAAUGUCCAGGACCUGCUAUUGCUGGACGUGGCUCCUCUGUCCCUGGGCAUCGAGACCGCCGGAGGGGUCAUGACUGCUCUGAUCAAACGCAACACUACAAUUCCAUCCAAACAGACCCAGAUCUUCACUACCUAUGCUGACAACCAACCUGGCGUCCUGAUCCAGGUUUUUGAGGGAGAGAGAGCCAUGACCAAGGAUAACAACCUUCUGGGGAAGUUUGAGCUCUCCGGGAUCCCCCCUGCCCCACGUGGAGUCCCUCAGAUCGAGGUGACUUUUGACAUCGAUGCCAAUGGAAUUCUAAACGUGUCGGCGGUGGACAAGAGCACAGGCAAAGAAAACAAGAUCACCAUCACCAAUGACAAGGGCCGGCUCAGCAAAGAGGAAAUUGAGAAGAUGGUGCAGGAUGCAGAGAAGUACAAAGCUGAGGAUGAGGCACAGAAGGAAAAGAUUGCAGCCAAGAACUCUCUGGAGUCAUACGCCUUCAAUAUGAAAAGUACAGUUGAUGACAAUAACAUGAAAGGCAAGAUCAGUGAGGAGGACAAGAAAAAAGUAGUGGAACGUUGUAACCAGGCCAUCUCCUGGUUGGAGAACAACCAGCUGGGUGACAAGGAGGAGUAUGAGCACCAGCUUAAAGAGCUGGAGAAAGUGUGCCAGCCUAUCAUUACCAAGCUGUACCAGCAGGGAGGGAUGCCCACCGGUAGCUGUGGAGAUCAGGCUCGGUCCAGCUCUGGCACCAGCUCCCAAGGUCCAACCAUUGAAGAGGUUGAUUAAAGUCAGUGUUGUAUAAUGGACUAUUGAAAUGGAACUGCACAAAACAUAUCCAUACAUGUUGCUAUUCAGGAAACACUGUACUUCAAAAGAAUGUGAAAUAAUGAUUGACAGUGCUAUUCAGGUAGUGUUUAUUUAUUAUUUGUACUGUAAAAAAGACUAGAUGUUUUUUCUCUAAAAUAGUGGCAAAUAUCUAUUUGAUUUAAACACAGAAGAAAUAUUGUUACAUUCCUUAUUGCAUUGCUGGAAAUGGCAAAUAAACAUUUUGAAACGUU